GUUGCAUGGAAGGUGUUGUGAUAGGUUGCUGUUAUUUUUUGCUUUAUAAUCAAUGUUAGUUUUUCUUUGUGCACCAGAGGAAUCGAGUCCAUACCGGAUUCCUCUGGUAUGCCGAGAGGGACAGCAAUCAAUCAUAGAGCUUUGCUUGGAUAUUAUUCAGAUCAACAGUUGGUGCUUGCAGCUUUCGCAACUCACUGUAGGUCUACUAGCCUGGCACAUUCUUCCUCCAGCGCAGCGAAGCCAAGGUUAAGUUAUGGACCAUCCAAUCAUUAAUAUAAAAAGCUUCUGGAGCAUGUAAGAAAUUAAGAACACACUCCCUCGCCUCAAACAACCAUACAGGUAUUUGCAGAGAUCCAGUACAACACCCACGCACAGAGCUUUGUUCCAGUUGCAGAGGAGAGCAUUAUGGCUGACAGGACUGUAUACUCUUUGCUAUAAAUUCCAGAAUGUUUUGAUGUUGCAAUUAUCAACUGCUUGUCAGCCACAAGGAAUGUAAAGGACUCAAUGCAAGGGAGGAAGGGAUUCAGGCAAGCCAAAGACUGAAGGGGUCCCAGUGUCCAGGAUGAAUUUCAGCAACCAGUCUGCUGUGUUGAACGUGACCAGCCUCUACUCAUGUCGCUUCAAAGAGGACUUCAAGUACCUGCUGCUGCCCAUCAGCUACUCUUUGGUCUUCUUCUUCGGCCUCUCGCUGAACGCCAUGGCGCUAUUCAUCAUCACGUUCCGCACAAAGCGCUGGACCCCGUCCACCGUCUACAUGCUCAACCUGACCGUGUGCGACACCCUGUACAUCUUCACGCUGCCCUUCCUCAUCUACUACUACGCCGAUGCCAACGACUGGCCCUUCGGCGAGCCCAUCUGCAAAAUCAUACGCUUUCUCUUCUACGCCAACCUCUAUGGCUCCAUUCUUUUCCUGUCUGCCAUCAGUCUGCAUCGCUUCAUUGGCAUCUGCUACCCGGUCCACUCCCUCAGCUGGCUCAGCGUUAAACGCGCCAAGCUGGUGUCCGUGGGCGUGUGGGCCUGUGUGCUCUCCUGUCAGGCACCCGUUCUCUACUUCUCCAGGACCAGGAGGUACGGCAAAGGCUUAGUGUGCUUUGACACCACGGGCCCGGAGCUCUUCGAUGACUUCCUAGUCUACAGCUCCGUGAUCUCCGUGGUGAUGUUCGUCCUGCCCUUCAUGCUGGUGAUGGUGUGCUACGGCCUGAUGGUUCGCAAGUUGCUGGAGCCCAUCUGGGUAUCAGGGGAGGGCCAGCAGGGGCUCCGGGCGGCACACCGCACCAAGCAGAAGUCGGUGAAGAUGAUCAUCAUCGUGCUGAUGACGUUCAUGUUCUGCUUCCUGCCCUUCCACCUCACUAGGAGCCUGUACUACUCCUUCAGAUACCUCAGGAAUAGGCACCCGGAGCAGAUAUCCUGUAAACUGCUGGAGGCGUCCAGCAUAGCCUACAAGGUGACCAGGCCGCUGGCCAGUGCCAACAGCCUAAUCGACCCAUUCCUCUUCUUCAUGGCUGGUCAAGACUUCCGUAAAACCAUGAAGGGGAAGAAGCAGAAAAAAGCAGCAAACGGCCUUCCAGAAUGUGCAAACACAGCGUUGACAACAUCCCUGUGAUAAUUUUUUUAUUUGCUGGUUUCUUAUUUCAGUUUUUUCUUACCUGCUUUAUGUCACACAUUUGCUGUACUAAACACAGAAUGCUUCUGCGUUGGAAUCAAGAAAGCAAACUGGAUCAACUGAUAUUUUUCUAGAUUUUACCCGAUCUAAAAAGCCUCAUCCUCUAUGAAAAAGCUCUAUUACUAGAGCAGUGCUAAAACUCCUGCAUGGAUGCAAAUCACUGCCAUAAUGUUUUUAACUUUAAAAGCCAUUGAAUUUUGUAUGUGGAAAUGUUUUUAAUUCAUUACAUUGAAUCUAUUUUACUUUGAAAACAAA